AUGGAAGAAAACUGGUUGGUUUUCAAAAACCUCUUCAUUAAAUCCGUCUCCGUCGAGCGUCUUGCCGCACACACAAAACACCGUCACGCCCCGAAAUCAGUGAUCUGUGGAUACUGUGAGGAGCCAUUCGGAAAGAGUGGAGAACUGAUGUCGAGUGCAGAUUGGGAUGAAUUCAGUGAUCAUAUCACGAAGGAGGCAGUCAAAAAACGAAUGUAUCGACAUGGAACCAACUGUACAGAUGGGUCGGUGCCAGUUGCGUUGAGAGGCGUUGGGGCGUGUCCACAUGGACCCCCUGUUAAGUGCAAAAACUUUCCCCUCUGCCCGGGGGCCAAAUGUAUCUACUCUCACAACAUGUGUCGCUACGAGUCCACUUGCAACAAGACAUCGUGUCCAUUCGACCAUCCGAACCGCCCGAGAACUUGCAUGACAUGUGUCAAUGAUAUGAAAAUCAAGAGGAGCAGGAACUAUUGA